AUGACACAACCACAACCACCACGACACGCCGCCAUGCUGUCCAUCAGCAAUGGCGGCUCCAGUCUCGCCGCCGCCGCCGACAAACAGCAACCACCACAACACCUUCACACUCAAUCCCAGUCCAGCCAGGGUCUCCGCGUGCCGUCGAACCGCAAAACCAUCUAUGACAGACAUCUGAAUCGCAGCCGCAAUGCGGAACUGAGCCGGGCUAGCUUCGCCUUUCUCUUCGCGGAGAUGGUCACAUACGCCCAGAGACGGGUAACGGGGAUUCAGGACCUAGAAAAACGAUUGAACGAACAAGGCUACCCCCUGGGUCUCCGAUUGCUCGACCUCCUGUUCUACCGGACCAUGUCCAGCUCGACCUCCUCUUCUCUCUCCAGCUCCUCGACCUCCUCCUCGCCCCCGAACAGACCCCUGCGCAUCCUCCCCCUCCUGCACCUCAUCCACGGACCCCUGUGGCGCCUCCUUUUCAACCGCCCCGCAGACGCCCUGGAACACUCCGUCUCCCCCGAGACCCCCAACGAAUACAUGAUCACCGACAACGACCCGCUCGUCAACACCUACAUCAGCGUCCCCAAGGAGAUGAACAUGCUCAACUGCGCCGCCUUCGUCGCCGGCAUCAUCGAGGGCGUUUGCGACGGAUGCGGCUUCGAGGCCAAGGUCACGGCCCAUAACCAGCCCACGGAGAUGUGGCCCGGUCGGACGAUCUUCCUCUUACGGUUCGGGGAGAGCGUCAUGGAGAGGGAGAAGGUGCUGGAACGCGCCGGAGUCAAAUAA